AUGUCAGCCCAGGGAGUGGCAGUGCUGCUGUCCUGGCUGAGCUGCUGCGGCUGGGCUCUGUGGAGAUAUUCCACUAACACCAAAAACUACCUUAUUUUUAGUACCAGAAGUACUAUUAAGUUAGAAUAUGAAGGAACGUUGUUUUCUGAGUGGAAGGUGCCAAAAACUUGUUCUGUGAAAAAUAAAAGAUCGCCCAGGACAGAAAUGCAUUGUUCUUCUCCUGGUUUUCAGAAUAUAAAACCAAUUGUUACAGGCCCAGAUUUAGAAGAAGAACGCUAUUUAUAUGUGGCCAGUUCUAAUAUUUGCUUUAUGUGGUAUUAUAAAAUUAUGUAAAAAUGCCAACAUUUUAUUUUGUAGGUUAUCAUAUGGAUAUAUGAUCCAGAACAUGCCAGCCCAAAUGAGUUGCUAUGGAAUACAACUAAACCAUCACUAAAUUCCGCUAUACUUAGCAAACAGAUGGCCACUUUGGGACAGAGGCCAGUCAUCUACACGUUUUUGAGGAGAAAAGUUUAUUUUCCAUUUAUCAGACUCAAGAAUGGGGCCUGGGUUAUCGCAGUACCAAUAACAACAGAUGACGUGCUACAAGAGAUUAAAGGAAAUAACGUGGCUUUUCAAGAUUGCUUUAUUGCAGAUUCCCUGCUCCCGCUUAUUUUACCUUGGUUUACAAUACCUGAGACUCCUGGCUUUUUACCCAUCUCUUCGCCACAAGGUAGUCAGUUAAUAUCAAACUGGGAUGCCUGUGCUCCGGCAUCAGUAGUGGUGGUGGCCGAUGUGGAGACCUUUCAAACAAAUGAUUCAUUUCAUACGUGGACCAGAAUCAGAGUGCCUACAGGGAGCCUGACUGACAACGAAAGACACAGUGUGUCUGAUGUGACCCUAACUGAGGAUGGAAUCUUUUUUUUAAUACAUGGUGUCCUUUAUGUCAGAAGUUUGACUGCGUUUACAAGACUGGGAAAGAAGGAAAACCUUCCAGAAGGUGACAUCAUUGGCAUUACAACAAGAAAAUGGUGUUGGAUCAAAUACUUGAUGAAGGCUAAAAGAAGAAGCAGCAUGGCAAUCUGGACAAAACAAGAACUUUAUCUUGGAUAUACUUCUCUUAAAUUUUCCAAAAUAACAAGUACUAAUAAACUGCAAAAAAUUCUAAAUAUAUCCUCAGCUGCUACUCUGACUAUACACAAUGUUGAGUAUACAGGACACCCUUUGGAACUUGCCUUGUUAUUAAAUUACUGUGUCCAAUGUAAUGUCAUUAAAAAAAUUUACCUAGUGAUAUAUAAUGAAGAUAAACAAGAUUGGACAUAUCAAGACUUUGCAUUAGAUGUCACAGUUGACAGCUUUAUAAGUUUGCAUUUUCUAUAUUCAGCGAUGCCAGAAUUAAUACUAUGGGACAAAAAGAAGAUCUACUAUUGUUAUCACAAUUUCACUGAUACUGGAGUUUUACAAAUGCCUGCAGAAUUUGGGAUUGUAUCACGUAACAGUAAUAUUCAUGAUGUUUAUAUAGAUUACUAUGGAAAUAUUGUGGUAAAAAUGGAAAAUAAUGUAAUGUUUUAUUUCAAGAUUAAUAUUAGAGAUGCAGUAAAGCUACAUUUAUGGACAAAUAACACAACAAAAUCAUUCAUUUUAUUGAAUAUAUCUGGUUACAUGUAUCUCUUACAUGUUUUUAAAAAUGGCACAAUAUAUCCACAGGACUAUCCCUUAACUCUGGAAUUACAAAGUAUAACUUUCAAAACAAAAGAAAAAUGCCCUUUCGUGGCAUUUCAUUAUAAUAUUUUUAAAGUUUUUUACAUUUUGGACAAGGGACAGAACCUGUCAAUUUGGUCUCGAAUAGUCUACCCAGAAAAUAUGGUUCUGUAUAUUAUUGUGGAAUUAUAUGGUCCAAAGAUAUUAGAAAUGAGAGAACAAGUUCAAUAUGAAAUUACUUUAGGAUACUGCACUAAAACCAUGACCUUAACAUUUUUUCAGAAUAUAAAUUAUGAGGCAGUAGAAGAUUACUUCAACUUACAAUACCAGAACACGGGUCUUCUGCUUCUUCAGGUUAGGCCUAGUCAAUAUGGAAAAACAUGUCCAAUACCCCCAAAGGUGUUCCAAAUAGCUGUAGGCUGUGAUAACAGUAAAUAUAUCGUGGUUAAAGGAUUUAAUAAUAAAGAAUGUCUUCCACAUGACUUCUUUUACAUUAUCGAAAAGUCAUUUCUGAGGAAUCAACCAUCUGAAAACUUGAGAGUAAAAUAUAGUUGGAAAAAAUAUGGCUGCCCAUUGAGACUUGAUUUCAGAGAAAAGUUUCAGCCUUUGAUUCAAUUAUACGAUGACAGUGGCUUUAUUGAAGAUGUUGAAGUAAAUUUCAUUGUGUGGGAAAUACACGGCAGGAAUGACUAUAGCUUUAAUAACACUAUGAAGAAGAGUGGUUGUUUAAAUGAAGCCCAGACGUGGAAGUCAAUGACCAAGCUUAACAAGGACCUCCCAUUAGAAGCAGUUUGGGGACCUGAGAACUAUAAGCACUGUUUUUCUUAUGCUAUUGGAAAACCAGGAGACUUGAAUCAACCAUAUGAGAUUAUAAACAAGUCUAACUACAACCAUUUAAUUUGGCCUUUGCGUCAUACUGGAAUGUAUGUGUUUCGAGUGAAGAUCCUGGACCCAAACUACAGUUUCUGUAAUCUAACAGCUAUCUUUGCAAUAGAGAUCUAUGGAUUGAUUCCCAGUCCAAAUGGCUACCUGGUUUUUUCUUUCCUCUUUCUCCUGAUGCUACUGUUCUUCAGUAUUCUAAUUUUUAGCUACUUCCAUUAUAUGAGGAUUUACAAACAAUAUAUUUAUGAACCAAUUUACAAAACUGAAAGAAAACAAAAGAAUUAUUAG